ACCCGUGAUACAGUUCGUUUUGGAUCGGGCGGUGUUAUGUCGCCUUUGUAAGUGGUUGUUGUCAUGUGUUCAACGUAAUAAAUGGAGCAAAGAACCGUCAGUUUGGUGAAAAUAUCACCAACACUCGCCAUAACAGAUUGCCAUAUUGCAAUUAUUUCACAGAAACUUUGCCAUUUGUGUUUAAUAUCUAGUGACAAAUAUGCAAAUGUGUAUUCUAUUUCAAGUAAAACAGAAAAUGGACCAUGUCUAACACUCAUCUGGAAGAGCUCUUGGAAAGUUGACAGUUGCAAAUUUUCAGAAGAUGGACAACAGUUAUUUGUCAUAUUGGAAACCAAAUCUUUUCAAAUUUACAAUAUACAUGAUACCACGCUGGACUUUCUAGCUGAGGAAGACACCAUACUGUUAUCAGCUUUGCUAGAAAGCACUGGAAUUGAUAUAACAGAGUCUACUGAACUGAAAACAGUGGUAUUUUCUAAAUCACAACUAACAGUUCUGGUUGAAAAUAAGUGGCUUGUAAGUUUCUGGAUUCAGUACCCCACGCCGCUUUCCGUCACAAGCAUUAUCGAGGUCUCAUCAUGCAAAGCAGUUGGAAGUUCUAGUGAAUAUGUUUAUUCUCUGACAGCUGGAGGAAAUGUCACAGCAUAUUCUGUCAGGAGUGGGAGGCAGAUUGGAGUAGUAAAUCUGUACUCUCUGUUACCACAUGGUCAAGGCUCCGAGGUCCUUGAAACAUUUUCUGCCAUGACAGUGUCUACAAACGGAGACUUCAUUGCAGUGUCUGAUAUAACCGGCAAAGUUUUUAUCGCUAGGGUUCAGGAAUAUUUCAGCACUGAUCUUCAAGAGGAAAGUUCUAGGUGGAACUGUGGAGACAGCGUUAUCUCGGCAAGUUCUGGAACAUCUCGUACUUCUGUUAGAACAAUCAGUAGCCUGCUACGAAUCCAACCAUCAAGUUCAGUGGGAGACAGUUCUUCCAUAUAUAUGUUUGAAUUAACAGAGAAGGAUAAAGUUCAUUCCUACAAAAUGACGUGGGAUACCUAUUUGCAUUCACUGAAGCAAAAUGAGUGUACAGAAAGUGUAACAGGGAGAAAUAGAGGACACAAAUCACAAAACAUUAGAAGAGUUAAUGAAUCUGGAUUACUUUGUGUGUCUGAGCCACCAGUUGGAUUCGGUGUACAGGAGCUGCAUAUGACAGCUGCAGGAUUGGCAGUUUGGUACACAGCAAGUGGAUCAUCUUUCGGUGGGGUGUAUCGUCUUUAUGAUGUGGCAUCAGGAGCCUUUCUUGCUGAACAGGUUGUACCCACUGACACAGUCGUGAUUCCAGGUGGCUGCUUAGGGUUAAUGGAUGCCUUCCUCUCUCCCAGCUGUUUAUGGUUGUUUCUAGGUAACCUGUCCAGAGAUGUACUUAUGAACAAGCUAUUACACUGUGUGGAAACAGAGUCAGUUGGCCGAUUACUGCGAGGAGGGGAAUGGGGUGAUUUGAUUGUUCCCCUUCCUGCAUUAGCUGAUGGUCUUAGGCAGCACCAGAUGGACGUGGUUCGAUUGGCACUGAGUUUGCAUUCUCAAGCUUUCAGGACCUCAUUUGUAAUUAAUCCAGGUGAUAGUGAUGCCGUUUGGCAGACAAAAGUCCAAAACAUCAGUUUGAAUAUGGAUAAGCUCUUUGCUACUGUGUUUGAUUCAUUGCUUGAAAACAAGAACAAGCUGUCAUUCUCUGAACAGGUUGUUUUACUUUAUUUAAAUCACGCAAAUGACUUACUUCAGUUUUUGCACGAAUAUUUUGGCACAGAGUCUGCACUACAUUCUGUUGCGUUACAUGAUACAUUUGAAAAGAAGAAAAGUGUGUUGGUGAAGCAAAUAAUGUUGCAUGUUGUGGAACUUCGGAGGUACUUGCGGAAACAUUCCAGAGAUAAUGCUGUUGCAAGUGGCACGUAUCAGCCGCUGGGCUGUCUUGGUGAUGUCUUGAAGAAAGAAUGGAGCAAAUGGCAAGAUAUGGAAGACUGUGAUGUCAUUUGUGAAGCAGUGGCAAGCAAUAACAUCCCUCUUCUUCAGACGUUUCUAUCUACGUGUCGUGGCUGGAGCUCUAGUAACUUGUUUCAGAGAAUUAAACAGGAAGUGUAUGUCUGGGUACAGCAACUUCUGAAGCAAGACAUUGAGAAAGCAAAGCAGAUUUUAGUUAAUCUUGGCUGUGAACCAUACAAAGAACUAAGAGAUAUCUGUUUGAAAUCAUUUGAUAAGGAACUGCGUGAUAAUUUGGCUGUGUACCUUGCUGGCAGAGAUCUGUUUACCUCAGAUGAGUUAGAAGCUUGGGAUAUGUUAAAGUUAAUGGAAGAAAUACUUCAUUCUAAAUGUAUUCCUAAUAUCAGUUUUCCUGUCAGAGCAGUACCUUCACGUCAGAGACAUAUUCAACCAUAUGAUAUGCCAGAGAUAUCUGAGAACUCUGAUAAUUUAUCUAUUAGCACAAUCACACAACAAUCGAGAGACUGGAGAGUUACGGUAUUAGUGGAACUGUACUUUAAUACCUUAGAUGACAGACUGAAAACAUUUAUUGAACCAAACAUAGCCUGGAAAUAUUUGCUUUCUAAUAACAGAGAAGAUAUUCUGAUAACUUGGAUCAACACUUACUACAGUAGAUUUGAAGGAUGUAUAGACAUAAUUACCAGAAUCAGUGACCGGUCAUGCACAAAGAAGCAACCAAAUGCUGAAGGCACCGAAGAAAUGCAGAUACAAAAGUUAUUUUCAGAGUGGGAUGUAACACAGUCUAUGAUAGACAGUAUUCAUGUUGUGUGUUCUAUGACAAGAACCAAAGAAGUGGUAUUGGACCACUUAAGUAGGUUUGGAGUGUUCAGCAGCAGUGAGAGAGCAAAUCCAUGCACUAUUCUUACAAGAUUCUGCAGAACAAAAUCCCUUAAUGAUAUUGAACAAAUUUUAAAUCAGCCGUUGUCCAGUGUAUCAUACUGCAAUUUUGAAGAUUUGUUUAUCAGUUUUUGCAUUAAACACAAACUGUUUAAUGUAAUUUUUCCUUGUUUCCAAAACUCUGAUUUUUCAAGUGAUAGGAUUGAUUCCCUCUGCUCUUUGUCACUAAGUAAGCAAGAAGAAAAGGACUUGUUGAGGUUAUGGUUGACUAUGAAACAGCUGGAUGGCAAUUUAUCUGAUGAAUCCAUUGUGCACCAAGCAGUGUUAAGUGCGACUCAUUUUUUGAGUAAAGGUAAUACUGAUUCAUACCUUCAAGAACAUCCUCUUGUGACUUUGGCAACAAUUGUUUAUGGAAACAAUAUGAUAAAGGAUGUGGUCGAAAAGAAAAUUUCAGCGGAUCUUCCAAUCGACAGUGAUUCCGUUCAUUCUGUCCUAAGACAUUUUCCUGUCUUGAAAGUGGCUCUAUCGUCACAACAGAGUGAUUAUAAUACCCGACCAGAUGUGACGGUGUAUCAGCUGCUCCAGGGCUGCUCACCAUUUGACAUUUCAAAGCUGUUUGGUUGGCAGAGCACACACAUAAUAAAGGAUGAAGAAUUUCCUCACUUUUCUUCUGAAAAACUGUCUGCAAAAUAUGGACACAAUGUAACUUUAAGUUACAUGUAUUACUUGAAACAAGGGCGGCCUAGCAUUGCAGUAAAUGUGUUUAUUGUAGAUCAGCUGAGAUUACAUAGAAAGAUAUCCAGAAAAAUGAAGAAACAGGCAUGUAACUUUGCCCAUGGCUUGGCAUUAAAACGUUUUGCAAAUCAAAGCAUUACUUGUGCCUGCAUAUCAUUUAUUGAAAUGCUGGGCGUAGAUUCAGGAAAUGUGAGGAUUCACGUGGCUGCAGCAAACAAGAUCCUGAAUUACCUAAACUCUUCUGUCUCUCACAGUACUGGCAAGGAACAGCUUCAUGAAGAACAAGUUGGUAUGUUGAUGCAUGGGCUGGUAGUUUCAAAGGAGCAGAUAGCGACAGAAAUUCUGCUUCUAUUAGAAACUGCACUUCUUCAUAGUCACUCUUCUGAUGAUUCCACUGUGAAACAAUUUCUGCAUUGGGAUUUGGCUGUCAAGUUUGCCAAGUUACACCAGGCAAAGUUACCAGAACAGUUUUUAAGGCAUUGCGCAAGAGCAGAUUUGUGGCUUCCAUUUGUUUUGUUCAUCCAAAUUCACCAGUAUCCUGUUGAUCAGGUACUGUUACUUGUCAAAGAAUUUCAUUCGAGUCAUCUUCAGGAACAUCUGUCACAUGCAUUGAGUCACAAAAUGGCUGUGAAACAGGAACAUGUGGGAACUAAGGACAGAAGUAAACUGAUGGCAAGGGAUUCACGAAAAGUUCUGUAUUCAACAAUAGGAUUUCAGAAAGGAGAGGCAGGCAGUGAAUCAUUGAGCGAGUCUCCAACCCAAGGAACAGAGGGUGCAAUGCAUGUCAGCAGUAGUUCAAGUGAAGACUCAUACCAGUCUAGUCUGCACGCUGUUACCAUUUCAGAAUUGACAAGCUAUGAGGACAGUAAUGAUGUGUUUUGCACUCUCCUGAGUUGCCACAGAAGUCAGGAUCCACCACGAGCUUUAUUAACUGCUUGCCAUACUCUUCGGAAUCCACUGUUUGCUAUUUUUGCGACGUGUUAUGAGCCUUCAUCAGUUUUGGCUUGCUUCUGUACAUGGCUCAUAACUUCCUUAGGCAGUUGUAUAUCAGCAAAUUUAAAAUCAAAACUUUGCUCUGCAUUGCAACAAAAUGUUUGGCCUGUGCAACAAGUGGAGUCACUCCUUAAGGAAAUUGUUUCCACAGGUUACAUAACGACACUUGCAAGAGGUUUCAGCAUCUUUUUGCCUGAGAACCCAUUAUGUGCUUUUACUGAAUUUUUAAUGGAAUGUGUUGCAAAGAAGAAUUUUAAGGGGAGCACUGAGAGUAUGAAAGCGUUCAAAGCUGGUUGGUGCAACAUGAAGAUAAAUCCAUCCAUUAUGGCAUGUGAAGAUUUGGAGGCUACGUUCGUCAACAGUGGACACUGGGUUGCAUCUAUUGCAGUCAGUAUGGCGUGCAUUGCGUUAGGAAAAUGCUUCAGUUCAUCGCAUCACCAACUGUUAUUUAUUAACACACUUUGCAAGACUUCGUUUACAGAAAAUUUACCAGUGAGUGCUUGUGACUUCAAACUCCUGGCUCAGUUGGCGGAGUGUCUGGAAGGUACUGGAGUACUUGCAGAUUGGGUUGCCCUGUGUCAUGACAAGGGUUGCACUGAAUACCAAGCGGAAUUGAAGCACUGCGUAGACCAGCUGGUGGAAAAUGGCAGAUACCAGCAGGGUCUUGAUUUUGUGUCUCUUGUUGGACUACCUAAAGAUUCUGUAAUGAUUGCUCAGUGGUCGCAUGAAUUUAAAAAUCUUCAUGUGUUGAAGAACCAAUCAGAAAGUGAAUGUACAGCGUUUUGGUACAGAUGUCAUGAAGCAUUUUGUGGUAAUGGAGUCAGUCCUAAACAUGCUGCUGAUUUCUUCAAGGAACACUCAAAGAAGGUGUCAUCAAAUAAAGAGAGGUAUCAUGUUUUGAAAAUGGCUUUAACAUGGCUGAAAAGGAUCCAGGAAUGUGAAGACUCUGACAAUGAUGAUUCAUCAGUUACAAAUUUUGAAGAAGACCAUGUGGAAAUGGAAAUGUGGAAAUGUUUAUUACAAGUGGAUACAGAACUGGAGGAGACUGUGCUGCAGAAUCUCACUACUAGUAAUACUACAUCUAAAUUGCUCUGUAGUUUGAAAAAAGAUCUCCAGAAAGUUUCCAGAAUACCUCGUGAAACACUGGCUGAAGAGCAAGAAAUUGCUCGCCUUGAUAUGUUGAUUGGUAGGUUGCUGGAUCAAGCAGAUAUAAGUACUGCAAGCAGAAUGGAAGCUUUGUUCAACCAUCGUAAUCAGGAUUUACAACUCCUGUGGACAUGUAUGAGUCUGGCUGAGGGAGAGAUCACUCCAUACCAAAUGAGUGCAGAACACAGGAUGUUACUGUCAGAACCAGCAAGUACAUCCAGCAGCACCUACAAACGAAGAACUUUGAAAUCAGUAAGGCUAACGUCUGUGUCAUCAAGUGGAAUUAAUAGUCCUGGGUCAUCACACAGUCUAUUGAACCAAAGCAUCAGCUCAGACUAUGUAGAUGAUAAUGUCCGAGAUAAGCAAGACACGCUGUCAGUUCUGGAAAAACUUGUUGAACAUCUGCAACAUGGGAGAAAGUUAGGCAGUCGACUUGUCUGUUGCUUCCGUGUCGCCAUGAACUUGGACAUGCCUUAUCAGGAAAUCUUGAAGUUGGAAGAUCCUUUGAGGUUAUUACACACUUCCCUUGCCAAUGACUGUUGCAAUAAGUUUGUUGUGGCUAGUGACCUUAUGUUGGCAGCUCAGAUGAACAGUGAAGAAGUGUCAAGAUUUCUUUGUCAAGAAAUUGUUGCAGCUGUCAGUAAUCAUGUACAAGGUGAGAGUAACGUGUUCUCUGGAGUCACACUGUGGGACUGUGAUCUGGAUCUAAACUGUCAUCUUGUUUUGGAGCUUUGUGAUGACUUGUCUGGACUUGGUACAAAUCUGUUGUGUGAGGCAACUCAAAUUGGUGCCUCACAGCUGGAGGCAAAUAAGGAAGUUGUGGAGAUACUGAUCCGUGCCCAUGAUUGCUACACAACAGCUUUGAAUAUGGAAGGAAUUGUAGCUGUUCUGCAUCGAGCACACAUACUCACCAAUAAUCUACUGCAGAGGCAGGACUGGGCUCUAAUGGUUCGUUUGUUGACUGGAAUUGGAAGAUAUACAGAAAUGAACUACAUUUUUCAAAUGUUGAAAGAUAAUGAACAGUUUGAAUUUCUUCUUGGAAAAGGAUUAGAUAAGGUUCCAAAUCUGAAGCUGGCCGUGCUAGAUUUUCUGAAGCAGCACUGCCCCGAGGACCGAGAGCUAUUCCGGCUCGUUUCUCUUCACUUUUCGUUGUUCAGUGAAGUUGCAGAUCUGUGGGAAAGUGAGGGAUGUGCUAGAGUACACACUUUGCUGGCAGUGAUGGGACAGCAAACGGCAACUGCUCCUGUGUUGCUUACCAAUACAGAGGACACGAAACUCUGCCUUAAUACGGCAAUGGUCAACUUUAUGCAUGCAUCUGAAUACUUCCUGCAGACUAACAAACUGACUAGGGCCAUGACUGCAGCACAUCACGCAGAAUUGGUUGCUUUACAAUUAUCUCUUAUCAAUUCUCUACCUCUUGGUCAGGGGGCAGACUGUCUUCUAGAACUGGAUUCUGCCCAAGUUGCGUAUAUGGUCACACACAAAUUGAGUUUUCCGCAGGCCUGUAUUAUGACUCGGGCAUACAGCCAUCCCGUCGACUGGGGGGCCACCCUUUACCAGCACUGCAUUGUUCAGGGAGACGCAGCGUAUCUAACAGACUUCAUGUUUAACAUGCCUCUUACUUCAGCGUUAGUAGAAGAUGUGGCUAGAAGAUUUCAGUUGGAAGCAAAUGUUACCCAGGAGAUGGCUCAGCAGAUGAAGAAAUUUGUGUUGGGAAUAUCAGACGUCGAAAUUAAAUAUCGCGUGGCUAGCCAGUUGGGCUUCCGAGAUGUUAUUGAGAGCCUGCUGACUGGUCCAGCGCUACCGUACCUGAAAGAUACUGUCUGGCGGAGUGGAUUCAACAAACACCGCAACUACCUUCAAUGAAAACUUCACACUGUAUGUUUAAAAGAUGAUAUAUAUAUCAGACCAACCGUGGCGCCUGUCCACCAUUAUCUGAUGGGUACCAGGUGUUUUUUCCAUAGGAGUAAAAUUCUGGUGCAGGAAGUUGACCAUUUAACUGCAUCUAAUGCUCAGAUUAGAAGUGCGUGGGUUCUUAAGUUCACUCCCUUAUACUUUGUCGUGGUGGCGAGCUUGGUUAUAAUGAAGUCAAAUUUAUAAACUUACGCUGAAUGUCACAUCUGAGUGGUUAUAACUCUUGCUUCUUGUUUGGGAGAUAUUUGGAUGCCAAUCAUUCUAAGGUUUUUCAUGGUCUUCACGAUUCUGUCGAGGCAAAUGUCAGUAAACUUCUGUCAGACCACACGGCGCAUGAACCCAGAAGACGGCCAUCUUCAGACUCACUGCCGUGAAAACUUCAAAUUCUUCAUAUUAAUUGUUGGUAACAACCUACAAUACCAUAUGGCAUCAUGGCCCAGAAGACCUUGCGUCGUUAAUUAAGCCAAGACUUGUUUCCAUAUAUAUUUUGUUGUAUGGAGUACAUUUGUAACCAGAGCCAGAAAAUUAUUGUGCAAAAUAUAAAUAUUACGUACCUUA